AUGCGACGGCCUCGUCACACUAGAACACCCGAUCUUGAUCGGUCAGAGCCUGAGAUCUACCAGUUCCCGAGACCGACAGGUCAAUCUUCUGAUAGCAUCGCCCAUUCCACGGUGCCUAGUUAUCAGUCGGUUUCAAACUCCGGGGUCGCUAGCUCCACAGCGCCGUCGACACCAGCUAGUCAGACCUCUUCCCAAGAAGUUGAGUCCUUGCGGAUCAAGAUUCAUCAGCUAGAAGAUCAAUUGGCGCGUGCGAAUCGAAAAUCGGCUAAAUUGGGCGCCCGUAGUCCAAGUUACAACAUUAGUACGACAACGUCCCAUAUCGCCGGGACAUUCCAUGUGCAGGAGGAGGUUCCUAUAGAUGGUCGUAUUCCGACAAUAUCACGCACUAUUAUGCAUAAGUCUCGCGUCUUUGGCCAAAGUCAUUGGAUGAAUGGAGCCGCCCAGGUAAUAUCCUAA